AUGAUCAAGAUCUGUGUUGCUGGUUUUUCAUUCUUCUUCUCAGGGGUAAACGAUGGUAGCCUUGGUGCCCUUACGCCGUACAUAAUCCGGAAGUAUCAUGUUGGAACGGAAUAUGUCGCCAUCAUAUAUGCAUCGUCUUUUGCGGGAUGGCUUCUCGCGGCUUCGACAAACAGCCAUUUGUCUCGUUACCUUGAUCUCGGCGCUCUACUCACCGUUGGUACCGUGCUACAAUUGAUCGGCCAACUGCUCCGCUUCUGGAGUCCACCAUUUGGACUCUUCGUCGUCACCUUUUUCUGCCAAGCGACCGGUAUGGGUAUUCAAGAUGCCCAUUCGAACACAUUUGUCACCUCGAUCAAAGGGGCGCAUAGAUGGCUUGGUUUUAUCCACGCCAUGUAUGCUCUCGGCUGCCUUGUAGCGCCGUUCGUUGCCACGGCCAUCGCAUCGCGCAUUCCGCAACAAUGGCAUCUCUUCUAUACUUUCUUGGUCGGAAUCGGUACCAUCAAUGCUAUCGCAGUGCUCAUUGCAUUCCGCGACUCUCUGAAAAUUCACAAGCAGCUGGCUGCGGAAGAUAACACCAGUCGCAGUAAGAAUGCGACCAAAGAUAUCAAGGACACACUUAAAAACCCAUCAGUGUACCUGCUCUCCAUGUUUUAUUUCUUCAUGCUUGGAACAGUCAUCACUGCCGGAGGCUGGAUCGUGGAAUACCUCAUCUCGGCACGAAAUGGCAAACUCCCCGAAGUUGGAUAUGUUCCGGCUGGUCUCUGGGUAGGGACAUUUCUUGGACGAGUCCUCCUUUCCGAACCCACGUAUCGCUAUGGAGAGAGGAGGAUGGCCCUGGGAUAUUGCGUAUUGAUGCUUGCGCUGCAAUUGAUAUUCUGGCUGGUUCCAAACCUGAUCAGCAGCGCGAUCACGAUAUCAUUCUUUGGGUUCUUCUCUGGACCUUUGUUUGCAACGGGGAUGAGCAUUGCUUCGAAACUGUUCCCGAAACAUAUCCAACCUACGGCACUAGGGUUUUUGUUUGUGCUGGCCCAAGCAGGUGGCUCUCUGUUUCCUGCUUUGACGGGCGUAAUAGCAAGUCGAGCAGGAGUGAAGGUGCUGCAGCCUAUGCUUGUCGGACUGAUUGUCGCAAUGGGUAUCUCUUGGGUGCUCGUCCCAAAAGUUCCAAAGCGGGCUGAGUGA